CACUUAAAGAGUCGUGAUUAAAUAAAUUAAGUGUUUACAGCUGAUUUGUUUUUUUUUUUUAAUAUUAUUUGAAUUUUAAUUAAUCGAAUUAUCGUUGACGGAGAUUUUGGGGAGAAAGAUUCUCGAUGGGGAAAGGAGGCGGAUGUGUUCCGAGCAAGAAGAAGAAGCCGUCGUCACUCACCACCACCACCGGCGAUGGUCCCGGAAUCGAUGAUAACGACGCUACUAAUAAUGCUCCGAUCCAAAUUGACGAUGAUCGAACGACGGCCACGAAUACUGCUGGAACAACUACGCCGGCGAUUACCACAACGUCUUCCGCUGCUGAUGCUGCUAAGAUCUCGUCACCGCUGAAGAUCUUCGUCGUGUUCUACUCGAUGUACGGACACGUCGAGAGUUUGGCGAAGAGGAUGAAGAAAGGAGUGGAUAGCGUCCAAGGAGUGGAGGCGACGCUUUACAGAGUCCCCGAGACGCUUUCUCAGGAGGUUGUUGACCAGAUGAAGGCGCCGGCUAAGGAUUUUGAGAUUCCGGAGAUCACGGCGGCGGAAUUGGCGGCGGCUGAUGGUUUUUUGUUUGGGUUCCCGACUAGGUAUGGUUGUAUGGCUGCGCAGAUGAAGGCGUUUUUCGAUUCGACGGGAUCGUUGUGGAAAGAGCAGAGUCUCGCUGGUAAGCCUGCUGGAUUCUUUGUCAGUACUGGUACUCAAGGAGGUGGCCAAGAGACUACUGCUUGGACAGCAAUCACACAGCUCGUGCAUCACGGGAUGCUAUUCGUACCCAUAGGCUACACAUUUGGAGCUGGAAUGUUCAAGAUGGAUUCGAUCCGUGGAGGCUCUCCUUAUGGAGCAGGUGUGUUUGCUGGUGAUGGGUCAAGAGAAGCAACAGAAACAGAACUGGCUCUUGCUGAACAUCAAGGAAACUACAUGGCUGCAAUAGUCAAGAGACUUGCUCAAUCUUAAAUGAAAACAAAAUUGGCUUCUUUUCUUUAUUCAAUCCCUCCUCCCGCUAAAUAAUCGUCACAUAAAAAAAAAUAUCCUUUUUUUCAGUUUCAUCAUAAUUUCUUUCUUUUAUGAGUGUUUUUUUUUUCAAGUUUCGCCAUUAUCCAAGAACCUUGGAUCAUCAUCAUCAUAUGGUUCUUAGUUCUUACGUUAAUGGUUGUGUGUACAUGUUAUAUUUUUUUUUCUUUUGAUUAUUAUUUGUCUCUCGAGUCUUCAUUAUUCUCCAUAAAAUAAAUAUUUGUUUGAUAAUUUUUUUCUUGUAAAAAAUAUAUUUCUUUCAUUGGAGUUGUUGGUUGUUAUUAUCAAA